AUGACGGACGGUCUGGGGGCGCCGUGCAAACGACCACGUAAUGAAGUGAAUGCUGGGGAAGAGAAUAUUGGGCAAGAUGAUAGACAGAGUUCAUUCUCUUCAUACUCUUCAUACUCCUCUGCCUCACAGGCCUCAUCCUACUCUGUAUCGUCAUCCAUGUCCCAAGCCAGUAGAGAUGAAUAUAAUAAUCAUGAUGAGGAUAAUCUGUCUAGUAAAGAGAAGGAAGAAAUGCGUAAGCAUUAUCCAAUGUUUACAGUAGAGUAUGCUCAGCAACAUAAACGAGGAAGUAUGCCUUUUCUGCAGACACAGGAACAACAACAAAGACCAUUAUUACCAUUACUUCGGUUGCGGCAUUCAACACCAUCAUCAUCGGAGAUGGAAUCAACACGUUUGUUUCUAUACAACGAGUAUGAGUUUCUCCGUGAGCUUGGUAAAGGCACAUACGCCAAAGUUGUUCUCUGCCGCUCUCUUCGCAGUGGUGAACACUGCGCACUGAAGAUUUUCCGUGAUGAGAAUAACUACAGAGAGGCCUGCUGGGAUGAAAUGGCUGUAAUGAAAGCGUUAUGCACUCCUGUAGUGGAAAAUGACCACAAUCAACAACAACAACAACGGCAAUUAGAUGAUGAUGAUAAGAACAGAAAUAACAAUUAUUAUUCUAUCAAUGAAUAUAACCAGAGGAAUGAGUUUGGUGUGGGGGAUAUGGUGAUGCCUUCAACAAUGUGUAUUGGUGAACUUAGUGCCUCAGCGGAGUAUCAAGGACGUAUGGGUCGCUUUAAUGUACCUAUUACCCAUAUACCACAUCCCGUACACCAUGCUAUUGUCUUUCCAGUACUUGGUCUCUCAUUGCUUGAUAUUCUGCGGAAUAUUCGUAAAGGAGUCCAAGUUUCUCCCAUUAGUGGUUCCAAUAACAAUAAUGAGAAUAAGAAUAAUAAUAAUAAUGAUAGACGUCUAUCGCGGGAGGUUGUAGAGGUAGUUUACAGAGGUAUGCCUAUCGAUUUGUUGCGUUCAGUGGUGUAUCAAAUUCUUCUAUUUCUCUGCCAUGCACACCGCCGUGGUAUUGUACAUACAGACCUUAAACCAGAGAAUGUUCUCUUUGAGUCCUCUAACACUGUUAUUUCAAGUGUAUCUGUGAUAAAAAGAUCCUACUACUAUACAUCAGAGCAUUCCAUGGAAGAAAAUGUAAAUGGAACGGAAAAAUCUCAUAAUCCUACAGAUGAGAUUUCUAAUGGUCUCUCAAGUUCAUCCGCUUUAUUGUCGUCUGGAAUACAUUAUACGGCAAUGAGCACAACUGUAAAUGCACUUCUUCCUAUAAUGAACAGUGUACGAGUAAUUGACUUUGGUGCUGCGGAAUUUCUUUCCAAAUGUCGUCAUGUCAGUAAACUUGAUGAAACCACUCCUGUCUUUUAUCAUCGCAUUCACACCACACAUUAUCGUAGUGUGGAGGUAUUGCUUGGUCUUGGUUGGAUGGCCUCUGCAGAUAUAUGGUCCCUUGGCUGUAUGAUACCAGAACUCCUCACAGGUGAAUGUUUAUUUAUGCCAAGAGAUGACUUGGAGCAUCUUGCCCUUAUUCAACAAGUGAUUGGGACAUUUAACGCGGAGGAAAUAGGGAAAUCGCAGGAAAAAAGUACAAUUGUGAGUCGUGUGUUUGCGCAUGGACGACACUUUAAAGAUUUCUUUGAUCCACAUACCAUGCAAUUGGCUUGGCCACCCAAAUCUCAUGAGGAGGUAAAUAACACAGGAAUAUCCACAUCAACAACAACAUCCAGAGGAGAGGCGGGGAGACAGCAGCGUAAGGAACAGAAUGAAUUAGAAAAAGAUAUUCACUAUGUACUCUCAAGAGCAACACUGCAGCAGAUACUUGGACCAGUCCCGCUAUUGUAUGAUCUCUGUCAGCGUAUGUUAGACUAUGAUCCACUGCGGCGUAUUACAGCAGCAGAAGCUCUAAGGCAUCCGUUUUUUACCACCCCUGUCUGA